UCUCCAGUCAGGUGAGAAAUCAACCCAACCCCCAAUCUUUGUUUCAUUUUUUGCCAUAUCAUUUAUCCUCUAAAGCAGUGCUUCUCAACUGGUUUUGCUUCAGGAUUGUUUAUUGUACAAAAUUGAAUUUCGAUGGUUUCAUGCUCUCUGCAUCCAAUAAUUUACACUCAUUGUGCUGGAGACAAACCAUGGGUUUCGUAGUUUCAAGUGAACCCCUGUUUAAUUUAGUCUGGGUCAUACUGUUGUGGGAAACAGCUUCACCUAGACGAGAGACCAAUAUGGACAAAGACUCGAAGUCGAAAGUUACAAACAGUUGAGAGAGAGUUUAGUGAAGACAGAGUGCUCUCCAUUCUCCACAGUUCCAAUGGCAAAAGUCAGCAAGAUAUUGGACAUUAAGCGGCAACCCAAGACAGUACCAAAUUUAAGACAAUAGUUCCCUGCACAAAUCCCAUUGUGGAAGGCACAAACUAUGUUUAUCCUUGUUGCAAAUAAACCUGCAUUUAAAUAACUCUUAGUCUUAUACACUUCCUGUGUUUUUGUUCAUGGUUUUCGAGGAUCUGAACAUGUUACGCAACAUGUCCAGGUUGGCAUUGGUCUAAUAAGGCUAGCUUCUGCAAAAUAAUGUAGAGUUUGAUUAGACAUACUGCCUUUGACAUCAGCAACAAAAGAUAGGGAAAGUGCUGUCUACUCCCUUUUAAAAUUUGGUCAGCCUAUUUAUUUUGGUAUCCUAAACCCACCCCCCACGCCCCACUCGCUGUCUGCAACCUGAGACCUGCAACACAUUGAGAAGCACCUCGAUACCUUUAACAAUAGUAACUACUUAACUACUGACUCUAGCUAAACUAUUUUGUCAUCUGAUAAUGUUUGUACUUCUGUGUGUAUUUGACUAGUCAGUGCAGCCAGUCAUUGCUUCUCCAGUUUCUGUGACAUCAGUUACAGAUGCAGGGAGGUCGGUUGCUCACCUUGCAGCCUACGCAAGAGGGCGCUGGAAACAUGCCACCCGCAAGUGUGUGAGAAAGAAACCCACAGAUGAAUCUAUAGGCAACAAAUACAAGGGUCUGGCCUCACAUGAAGAUGCAGUAGAUGGACCGAACAAUAAAAACAAGCUCAAUAAAAGGCUGUUGGAUCACUUUCGAGUCCUGGCUACCAGCAAUAAAGACACAGAUGAGGUGGACCUGCAUUUUCUGAAUGAUGUCCUCACGCGUGGAGCCGACCCCAACUCAGCAGAUAAAUAUGGGCAAACAGCCCUGCACGAGAUAUCUCGGGCAUGGAAUGUGGACGUGAUGAGGUUUUUCUUGGAGAGAGGAGCAGAUUAUCAGAAGGCAGAUGCUUUUGGAGUCACACCCCUUCAUGUAGCCGCAGCCCUGGAUUAUGAGGACAUGGUGCAGUUCCUGUUAGAAAGAGGAGCUGACAUUGAAGCUCGCACACACAAAGACAAGCAGACUCCACUGCACUUUGCAGCUAAGAAUGAUUCAAUUGGGGCAGUUCGAAUGUUACUGCAGAACGAGGCGGACAUGACUGUACGAGACUAUAAAGAGAGGACUCCUCUACAGCUGGCAGCUAACUUUGAUCGGAGUGAGGCAGCACGUUUGUUACUGGGGUUUGGAGCAGAUGCUGGGGUACAGGACUCUGAUGGACAGCUCUGCAUCACUGCCAUGAUUGCCAAAAUGACCCCGGUGGCUGAACUGGCAAUGAAUCAGUUCCAUGUGAAAGACCGCAUGGCCCGGCAGCAGUUUUACUACCUUCAUCUCAUGGAGCCAGAGCCUGCUGACAAGAAAAAUCCCAAAGGUUCUGAUCCAUCAUCAGCGCUGGAGUUUAUUGUGAACCAGGGUAAACUGGACCUCAUCAUGCAUCCUGUGGUUCAGAAACUCAUCACUGUCAAGUGGAACUUAUACGGCAGAACGGGUGCCUGGAUACUCUUGCUUCUCAACUUCCUUUUUAUCGUCUCCUGGACAACAGUAGCCAUAUCUGUGUCUGUGACAGAGGAGGGCGAUCGAUAUGUUCUUCCUCAGGACUGGUGGCGUGUGUUGUUGUUAGUUUUGGCAUUGGUGCUGACUGUGACCGACGUGUACAGGGAAGUGAUGGAGAUUUUGCGAUCAGGCAGGAAACUCAAGCUCUGGCAGCGCUGGACUGUACAGAAACUCAACGAUGACUUGAGCUGCUCUCACCCCAUGUGGCCCGAGGAACGCAAGUACUUAGAAGCACAAAUUGAGUCCAUUCGAACCUUAAAAGGAACCUACUUUCAAGACUCCUGGAAUAUAUUUGACUGGCUUGUGUAUUUUCUACUAAUGGCAGUUCUGGGUGUCCACGUGGCCGAUAUAUUCCUGGUGUCUAACUCACUUAGAGAGAACAGUCUUCGCCUCUUUGCAGUGUCCAUCAUUUUCCUGUGGUUAAGGCUGAUGAAGCAUGUCAGAGCAUUUAGGGCUAUGGGUCCAUUCAUUGUCAUGCUGGGGAAGAUUGCCGGAGAUGUGCUGCGUUUCCUCUUCCUGUAUAUAGAGAUCUACAUUCCAUAUGCCUGUGCUUUCUGGAUCAUAUUUGGAGGCUUAGCUGAGGUCCCAAGUAUGAAGACUGUUCCUCAGCUGCUCUACAGCCUGUACCGUAUCACCCUGGUGGAUGAGUAUGAGUUUGAUGCCAUGUUGGAUGUGGAUGCAGUGAUGGCAUACCUGCUCUGCGGAACUUUCCUGGCCCUGUCUGCCAUCCUCUGUGUCAAUCUGCUGAUUGCUCUGCUUUCUGACACCUUCCAAAGGGUGUAUGAUAAUGCAUUGGCCAAUGCAGUGAUGCAACAAGCAGCUAUCAUUCUGCAGAUAGAGGAGUCCAUGCCUUUUCUGAGACGUUGCUAUGACAACGAGUACAUCCACUGCCGUUGUGCACCUCUUGGAGAGUUCUAUGAUGACGAUGUCACCAUUGACCCAGAUAAGCAUGCUGAGAUGAAGAAGCUCACGGAACAGAUCAAGGAUACUUUAGAUGAAUAUCUGAACAUCCAAAAAGAGACAAACUUGCCUCAGUCAGCCUACGCCAUACAAGAAGCCACUAGAGGUAGAAGCGUCACACCUCCAGAGAAAGCAGAACAUCUCAAGACUCUUCACAGACUUGAGAAAGACCAGCAGAAGCACAGUCAAGACCUGAGUGAGCUGAAGGCCGAUGUGAAAGAGCUCCACAGUUUGCUGCUUCAAUUGAUACAGCACAAGCCAGCAUCAUCUACCUAUGAUGCCAUGAAACCCUCAACAAGCUAAAAUGGAUGGGAAAACCUUUGAUACCAUCCAGGGACCUACAGAAAUCAGCAAUCAAUCUGGAUAUAUAAAAGUAGAAAGCCCUGCUAAAUACUUUGUUAGAUGGUCUAAAUGUGUUAGAACAGACUUCUGUAUAGGAGAUCACGUCUGAUUUUGUAACUUACAAACAAUACUUUGCUUGCGAGCUCAAAAUGUUGUCUUCUAACCCUUACUAUGAAUCUUUUGCAAUUACUUUAGCCAUAACCACUCAACAAAAACCUGUAGAUUCUAUUCAGAUUUUGUUUUGUAGAUGAUUUCAGCAUUAGCUGUGCUUUUUUUUUUUUUUUUUUUUUGUAGAAAUGUAACAUUAGAGCUUGAAAAUAUCCAUUUGACUUAGAUAAAAUGAUAGAAAAUGUUACUUAAUUUUGAUCAAAAUUUGAUAUCAUGCAUCUGUUUAACUGUAUUUAACAAUCUAUAGCACCUUUAUACACUGCAAAAAUGGUGUGUUGAUUCUUGUGCACUGUGACAGAAAACAAGGGUCACACUGUGGGUGAAUCUCAGUCAGCUCCCUAGUUCAGUAGUCAGGCCAUUUCUAGGGCUGUCUCAAUUGCAAAAUCUUUCCAGUGCGCUGAAACAUUUGUUCCCUAAAAAUACACAGUAAAAACAGGGAGCAUCAUUGCUUACUAAGUUCCCGUAGCAGAAACCUCGUCAUGUCUUCUGAAGUUGAAAGAACACUUUAAAAGAGAUGCUGUUUGUAAUAUCUUUCAUCCAUAAUGUUCAUGAAAGGGAAACAAUCUUUUAAAUGUUAGAGUUGUUAGAAGAAGGUUAAAAAUACACUCCUUUAUUGUUUUAUUUAUGUAAUUUAUCUUUCAUAAUAACACUGUACGUUUUAAUAUCUACGAUGAAAACGCAUAAUGGUGUUAUUUAUACACCGAUGUUGUUGAUUAAUACCAUUUGUGUUUUAAUGUUCAACCUCUUAAUCAUGUCGCAGGUGAUUGAGUCAUAAGUGUCCCAAUUUUCAGUGGAUGAACACCCUUGUCAGUGCCCAAAUUCGUGUUGACGAAGCUAUAGGAGCUAUAGGGAGCUGUUUGAGACCCUCAGUUAUGACAGCGUCAAAGCAGUUCUGAUGCAGCUUUCACUGAAAACAAUAUUUUAAGAUUUAUUAUUUCAAUUUCAUAAUAAAAUUCCAUCAGAUUGAAUUGUGUAAUGUUUAACUAAAUUAAAUUGAUAAAACUUAAAAUAUUUAGUUUUUUUAUUAUUUCAUUUUAUUAAAGACUACUCAAUUCAGUUUGAUGGAAUUUUGUUAUGAAAUUGAAAUACGUAAAUCUUGAAAUAAUUUUUAUGAGUGUUUAUGCAAAAAAACAUUUUGAAGCUAUUCUUUUCUUGCACUUGUAUUUCCUUCUAGAAAUCUAGUUUUUGACAUUUUGACAUUUUUAAACAAAUAUGUUUCUUUAAAAGAUGUUUACAAUGUGGGUAUGUAUCUGUGUGCAAUAAAGUGAUGUGAUCUAAAUUAUGGUUUUGUUUAAUUAAAAAAUG